AUGGAUUUGUUAGUUAAGCAAGUCAUUGUAUUUGAAAUGUCAGCUGCAGUAGUCAUAAUGAUUCUUUUUGCUCUUCUAGCGUUGCUAAAAGUUUGGUAUAACAACUUGAGGAGCGGCAAUGAAUUGGCUUCUCCAGGAGAUGAUAUUCCACUUACCAACACCAUGGGUUUGGAUAAAGAAAGUAUGAGUGCUCUUCCAAUAUUUGAAUACAAAUCAGAGCAGCUCAAAGGAGGGCUAGAAUGCGCAAUCUGUUUAUCUCAAUUUGAAGACUCUGAGAAACUUAGGGUUUUGCCUAACUGCAAUCAUAACUUUCAUGUAGAAUGCAUUAAUAUGUGGUUGCAUUCACACAAUAGUUGUCCUCUCUGUAGAACAGUGGUGUUCCCUGCUGCACCUCCAAAUACAGUGCAGUCAUUAUCUACUGCAGGAGAGAUGCACACAAACAAUCCAUUGAUAGAACAACCCAUUUCUUCAAAUAUUGCAGUGAGUGAUGGAAAUGUUGUUCAUGAGCAUCUGACGAGAGGCCAAAGGCGGUCUGAUAUAGUGCAGCAUGAGAACUCAUCAAGCAUAGUUUUGUGGGUGCAUGAGGUUGAGUUUGAUCAAGGAAUGUAUGGUGGAAUACCACUAUCACAUGUUAGUAUUGAUAUACACCAUUAA